UACACCUCCAUUAACCAUCUUUGUUUGGGGUUCCCUUGCCAGGAGAAUCGGCGGAGAAUGGAACCAACGAUGCGAGGUCAUUCAAGGCUUUCCCCUCGACGACCACGGCACGUGAUUUUCUGCAAGAACACGAGGACAUCAAAGAGAAGGUGAUGAAAAGCCUCAAAGAAAGCGAUGAUCUGCUGAGGAAGGCACGACUCUUGCUCAAAGACAGCGAAGGCAGGAGCGAAGGCCUGUGCGAGAAGCCGAAAGAAGUUUCCGAGGCAGAAGCUGUUGCUCGCCGACAGUUGCAGCACGUGAAGCAAAACCCUUCGCGUGAAGCGCGCGAGAAAGGUUUUAAGGAUUUGCUCCGCGUCUGGCACCCGGACAAAAACCCGGAGAACCCCGAGGUUGCUACCGUGGUUUUUCAGAUGCUCCAAGCCGAAAGAGGAGGAAUCUGAAGAAGUGUUGUAGGAGGUUGGAACAGAAAGCUAAAGCUUUGGCAGAGAAAGCUGCCAACAAGGCAAGUGACGAAGCUGAGGAGUCCAAGUGAGUCCCCAGCUUGGUAUGUGUUAACGUGAUGCAGUCGCCGCAGAAUCCCUGCAGUUUGAGCUCUGAUUCCGACGCCCUGCAGCG